UUGGUUCGGAACAUGAACAGUGCAAUUAAACGUGGUGUCAGAGGGAGCGGGAGGAGCGGCGGCAUGCGCGUGGUGUUGGCAGCGCUGACGGCGCUGGCGGCGCGCGCGCUCGCCGGGCCUCACGAGCACCGCGCGCGCCACCAUGCGCCCGAGCACCCGCCACACUUCCCCGCGCCGGCGCCGCCACAGCCCUACCGCGGACACGGCGAGGCCGUCCGAUACAACCCCGAACUAGAUACCAUACUACCCAGACUUGAAGAUCAUGAGACUUCCUCCAAACGAGCCAAGUUUGAAGAUGCAGAGACCUCUUCCAAGAGAGCCAAAUAUGAUGAAAGAUUCUAUUCGAAUCAUGAGCGAGCUGAUGAAGAGCCCAUGGCUGAUGAGCCGCAGCUUGGGCCAGACGACGAUGACCCACUCGUCGUUCGUACUAGAAAGGGAAGAGUUAGAGGCAUUACUUUAACUGCCGCAACUGGGAAAAAAGUCGACGCAUGGUUCGGCAUCCCAUACGCUCAAAAGCCUGUUGGUGACUUGAGAUUCAGACACCCUAGACCGGCGGAGAGUUGGGGAGAUGAAAUAUUGAAUACUACGACACUGCCACAUUCAUGCGUUCAAAUUAUAGAUACUGUGUUCGGUGAUUUUCCAGGAGCGAUGAUGUGGAAUCCCAACACAGAUAUGCAGGAAGACUGUCUCUUUAUUAAUAUAGUCACACCCAGACCACGACCGAAGAACGCUGCAGUAAUGCUGUGGGUCUUUGGCGGUGGGUUUUACUCAGGAACUGCUACUCUAGAUGUUUACGACGCAAAAAUACUCGUAUCAGAGGAGAAAGUAGUCUAUGUUUCAAUGCAGUAUAGAGUUGCGUCCCUAGGUUUUCUAUUCUUUGAUACUCCUGAUGUACCAGGUAAUGCUGGUCUCUUUGAUCAGCUCAUGGCUUUACAAUGGGUGAAAGAUAACAUAGCUUACUUCGGAGGGAACCCGCACAAUAUAACCUUAUUCGGUGAGUCGGCUGGAGCUGUGUCGGUUUCAUUGCAUUUGUUGUCACCUUUAUCGAGGAACUUGUUCUCUCAAGCGAUAAUGCAGUCAGGUGCAGCCACUGCGCCAUGGGCUAUUAUAUCAAGAGAAGAGAGCAUUUUGAGAGGCAUCAGAUUAGCCGAAGCUGUCCACUGUCCACACUCUAGAACGGAUAUGGGGCCUAUGAUUGAGUGCCUCAGAAAGAAGAGUCCUGAUGAACUAGUCAACAAUGAAUGGGGAACUCUUGGUAUUUGUGAAGUUCCUUUUGUGCCCAUCAUAGAUGGUUCCUUCCUAGACGAGUUACCUGCGCGAUCAUUAGCCCAUCAGAACUUUAAGAAGACCAAUCUUUUGAUGGGAUCCAACACUGAGGAAGGUUACUACUUUAUACUUUAUUAUCUUACUGAAUUAUUCCCCAAGGAAGAGAAUGUAGGGAUAAGCAGGGAGCAGUAUUUGCAGGCAGUUAGAGAGUUGAAUCCGUAUGUGAAUGACGUUGGAAAACAGGCUAUUGUGUUCGAAUACACGGACUGGUUGAACCCAGACGAUCCAAUUAGGAACCGUAAUGCUUUGGAUAAAAUGGUUGGAGAUUAUCACUUUACUUGUGGAGUGAAUGAAAUGGCCCAUCGUUACGCAGAAACUGGAAACAAUGUCUUUACAUAUUAUUACAAGCAUCGCAGUAAGAAUAAUCCUUGGCCAUCAUGGACAGGAGUGAUGCAUGCUGAUGAAAUCAAUUAUGUCUUUGGGGAACCCUUAAAUCCAGGCAAGAACUAUUCGCCGGAGGAGGUGGAAUUCAGCAAGCGCCUGAUGAGAUAUUGGGCAAACUUCGCGAGAACUGGCAACCCAUCUAUAAACCCGAAUGGAGAAUCGACGAAGAUCUACUGGCCAGUCCACACGGCGACUGGCAGAGAGUACUUGUCGCUGGCAGUGAACUCUAGUACAAUAGGUCACGGGCUGAGAGUCAAGGAGUGCGCGUUCUGGCAAAAGUACCUGCCGCAAUUGAUGGCUGCUACAAAUAAGCCAGAGCCUCCUAAGAAUUGUACGAACAGUGCAUCGCCUGUCAAGGUCCCGUAUGAAAUUUUCGGCGUUGGUGUCGUCAUCGCCACAGGUUUGGCGAAGACCACUAUGUUCAAGUACAUUGUAUAACUUUUCCCUGUGGUCUUCGGGUCUAUUAGGUUUAUUUGCUUCGUCUACUUGUUCUUCGUUCAUAAGAUUCAGGUUGUUUAAAAGACCACCAGAUUUGGAUUCGUAUGCAUUAUUUCCAAAUGAGUUAGGGGAAAAUUCUUCCAUACCAAAUAAUGAUGGUGUUUGAUAAUGUUCAAUUAGGCAUACAAUUUGUUCAUAUAAUCGAAGAUAUGGAUAGACACCUACAUUAUAAUUACAUUUAAAUAUUGAUUUAUCUUCCGAUAAAAGUACAAAUGAAUGAAAAAGUGUACCUACAAACGCAGGUGUUUUAGUUUGUUUUAAGAUUUUAAUUUAUUGAUAGAUGCGAAAGUAUCAAUUAUUAUUGUUUCUAGAUAAAUACAUAAAAUGUUUUAUUUAAUACUGGCAACCCGAAUCUUGUGAGUAAAGAUGUAAUGAAAUAAAUUAGAUUAUUUAUUCGUGUAUAAUAUUAUGUGUUGCCGCCAAAAAAUCUCUGGAAUAUUUUCUUAUUAACUUAUUUUUAUAAUGUAGAGUAUUUUAGUUGUAAGCCACCUGGAGUGUUGAAUUGCUGAGUCCAUUAAUAUUCGUCUAGAUAUCUGUUAAGUUCAAUAGUUGAAUUAAUGUAAGCGAUGUAAUGUAUUCUUUAAAUUUUAAUGUUAUACUUUAAAAGGAGUGAUUUCUCCAACUACAUAUCACUUGUUAAUAACAAAUUAUAGAUUACUGGUAGACGUAAUUUCGUCAUAGUAUAAGUACUAUCUACAUAUCUUCUGUAGGGUUAAUGACCUUCUGCCAUGUGGUGUGACGUCAUCAUGUAUGUCAACUUCGUCUUCUAGUGCUAAGGGGCAUGAUGUUUCAAUUGAGUCUGCGGUGUGUUUCGGUGUUUCGGAGUUCUGAAGGCGUAGAUAUGAGAAAAAUGAUUAAAAUGUUAGCUUUAACUCGCCUCUAACGCAAUACAUAUCACGCAAAGGCAUAGAAAAAUUUAAGUUCAUUAUAGCCUUAGAGAGUAAGUCUAAUAUAAGCUAGAUCAUUUCACAACUCUGUAGCGGACCAAUAUUAGAAAGUUGUACGUGUUAUAAUGGUUCGAAGUAAUACGGUGGAGCAAUGCGGAUCGUGCGCCAUGAUUCACGAAGCCAAGCAGAACAACUAACAUUUUGAUAUUUAUCGACAAAUUACCAAAGCAACUAUAGAUACAAACUUAAAUAAGACUAAAAUUCAUAGUAACGUUACAAAUAUUAUACAAUGAUGGAAUCGAAUGUACACGAGACGCAAUCCAGUGGGCGGUGAACGAUAUAAAGGAAGAUGUACAGAAAGUAGUAUACUGAAUGUAUUAGAGAAUACAAAAUUUAGUACAUUACAUUUAGGGUUGAUACAUCUAGUUUAGAGAUCGUAGUUCGAGCGGUUCAGCUUUCAAAUAUUGGUGGACGAUAGAAGAAUCUUUACAAUUCGAGAUUUAAGAUAAAUAUUUCUAGUACAAUACCGUAAGGUUCUCGCGACAGUCGACUAGACAACUCGAUGACUUCAUUGGUGUAAAUAAAUGAGUGUUAGAAUGGUAGGGACCCGUGUCGCCCUUGGUUCUUUUUUUAAAAGGGUCGAUUAGGCGGGUGCCUAUGUCGUAUUUAUCGAGAAAAUAUUAACCUGUUGUGAAGGACGAUACCUAUGAGAAUAGUUAAAUGUAAUUUUUACGUAGUAUUCUGUGCUUCUGUUGGUUGAUUUUCAUUAGGCUACGUGAUCGUACAUGAUGGACGGUGUCUCUACUCGCUAUGUUAGUUAAUGUAUAGUAUAUUCACGUUCUAGUUCCACGUUCAAUGUUUCACGGAUUACGCUUAUUUUAGAUCUGCGUAUAUAAACCUAUAGAGUGCCUCUUAUUCACUUUUAUAUAUAUUGAUACAUAGGUGAUACUGGUAGAUGUAGUUCGCGUUAUUUCUCGAUGCACACUUUAUUUGAUUUUAAAUUUCGUAUUCGACACAGACGCGUAGUGCCAAAUGAGAUUGAGAUAUUCGAAAAGGGGUUCAAGAUUUGAAUUUUGCGAUACAGAUAACGCUUUUGACAUAAGAAAAUUGUAUAUUUGAAACAUUCGAAACGAAUGAUAAAUAAAUGAUUUGUUCAAAAUUAUAGCUUUUCCAAAUUGCUGUGGUGUUUUGAGGUUAUGAUGUGAUAUGUUUGGAGACUAUUUCUUUUUCUUUUAAAUCCAAGAGGAGACGUUGAUAAAUAAAUAAUCACUCUUUUUAAUUUAUACCAAACACACACUACCAUAUUAAAAUAUAUCUUGAUGAUAAUUUAUUUCUAUUGAAUGUAUUUAAAUAAAUAAAAGUUGUGCACAACAUAACCUCAAAACAUGGGAAUAUCUUUGGAGACACACAAAAUUGCUAUGACAAUAAAAUUUUAACGCAAAUGUUAUUUUUUAAGAUAAAAAAAUUGUAAUAUUCUAAUACUUUUCCUCACUGAUCUUAGAUUUAUCCUUCCUUAAUAUUGUUCAUUUAAUUUUACAAAACACAUUCAAGUAG